CUCCUCCACCAACGCAGCAUGGCGAGCAGCUCCUUCCUCAGGCUCCUCCCCCUCCUCUCCGUGGCGCUGGGGGCCCUCGCGCCCCUGGGAGCAGCCUAUCAGCUGCCCCUCUGCCAGCUGGUCAACCAGACGGUCUCCGUGGAGAAGAAGGGCUGUCCCGGGUGCCACCCGGUGGAGACCACCAUCUGCAGCGGCCACUGCAUCACCAUGGACCCGUCCAGGGUUCCCCCGCGGCUCAGCAAGGUGGUGCAGAAGGUGUGCACCUACCAGGAGCUGCAGUACCGGCCGCUGGAGCUGCCGGGCUGCGGGCCCGGGGUGGACCCCGUGGUCCACUACCCCGCCGCACUCAGCUGCUCCUGCUCCCGCUGCUCCAUGGAGACCUCCGACUGCACGGUGGAGAGCCUGCCGCCCGACUUCUGCACCAGCACCUCCCUCAACUACUACUGACUUACCUUAACUACUACUAACGCACCUUAAUGUCACCCUUAACUACCACUCGCACACUGUAACUACUACUGACUCACCUUAUCUUCUACUAACUCACCUUAACUACUACUUAACCCACUUAAUGCCACCCUUAACUACCAAUAGAUAGAUAACUAUUUAACCACUACUUUCUCACUUUAACACCUUAUAACUCACCCUUAAUUACUGCUAAUAUCUAACUAAUGCUAACUCACCUUAAUCAUGUACUGCAAUUGGAUCACCUUUAUCCAACCAUUCAGUACUAUUUAUUCACCUAACCCCUUAAACCCUACUAUAUCACCUUUAUUUAACCCUUACCUACUAACUCCUCACCUCGACUUCUACCAGAUUAUCUUAACUAUUACUAUCUCAAUUUAAAAUAACUCUUUAAUACUAGAUCACCUUAUCUUAACCAUUAGUUGUUACUCACCUUGACUCCUAAUAGGUCAUCUUAAUUUCUUCUUACUGAACUUCGCUUAACCCUCUAACUGUGACUGACUAACCUUCAAUGACCUAUACUAACCUUAAGGUUAACUUCAUAAACAUUUACCAGUCACUAUCAACCGCUAAUCUGAACGUCAUUAAACACUAAUUUGGCUCUUGCUGUGAAUACAGCCGGUCAAAAGUGACCUCAUUGUAUCAACAUGCUAUUCUCCUUGCUGUGACUGUGUGUAAAGAAUUGAUCAAUAAAAUGUACAGAGCUAUGAA